CGGAUGUUCGAACGUAAUAUUUGCUCAGUAGGUUCGUCAUGAUUCGAAAAAGAACCCACAAGUUUGCCUUUACAAUGUUCAAACAACAAUAUCCUGAGAAGGUGUAGCGAGCCUACAGCAUAUUUAAGACUGCUUCAAGAAGAUCCCAUACACACAUAUCUGAUAGUGUUGCAUUAUUGAACAUGUUUGAAAUUCGUUUUUACAUUUUCGCGAAAAUAUUUCUGAUCGUAUUCCAUGUAAGCAUAGGAUCUAGUGAAACACAAGAAAUUGUCGUCCAGCGUGAAAAUCUCGAGGAAAAGUUGAAAACCAUCGAUUUUGGUGAUGUUUGUGGCGGAACCAUAACAGAGUCCAGAUUUCUACUUAAAUCUCCUGGAUAUCCGCAGUCAUAUCCAUCUAAUUUGAGUUGUCAGUUGAGUCUCAAUGGGAGAAAUUGUUCGGCGUACUACAAAUUCCAAUUUAUUGAUUUCAACAUCGAAAAAUCCCCUGGUUGUGUGAAAGAUAGAUUGGAAAUUGGACUCUUAGACGCUCUGUGUGGAACUAAGAAUGGCACAAAAACAUAUUUGGCCAAGAAUGGAACUUUGGCGUUACAUUUCAAAACGGAUGAAGAAUACUCUGGUGGAGGUUAUGAAAUACUAGUAACAAGAAUCGAAGAGUGUAUCAACGAACAGUCAGAUUCACAUCAGGGACCCAUCACAAGGACUGGACAGAGAAUAAAUAACGACCUGAACCUGAGGCAAUGCUGUCUGAAAAACCUGCAAACAUCCCAACAUUUCACCUUAAAAUCUCCGAAUUUUCCUCAAAGUAUGAGUUAUCCUGAUGACUGUAUUCUGCAGAUCCACAAGGCAUCCUCUGACAUCUGUCGACUACGAAUCAUUUUCAAAUUUUUUUGGUUCGGUAACUCUUUGGACUGCAGCGAAGGUUUCCUACAGAUCGAUGGUAAAAUUAUUUGUGGGUGCAAGAAGGAGUUGAAACUCCUAUCGGUAUUCGAAGAAAAUGUGAAAAUUUUGAGGUUUAGUAGCAGAGGACUGGUGAGAAAUUCUUAUAGUGGCUUUGUAGCUGAGAUUUUCCAAGACGAAUGUCCUAAAAAAGUGAGGAUGGUACAGUUUGAUGUUGAUAAUCAGACAGUCUUGAAUCUACCUAAACCUGCACAGGAUGUAAAAUUUCACACACCCUCAGAAAAUUUGUAUUCUUUUGAGAACUCAGAGGUGGAGAGAGAACCCAAUGAUUUUCUUGCAACUGAGGAUAUCAGUGGAUUUUUAGGCAACAAUGCGAAUAAUUUCGACAGUUGUCUUCAAUGGAAUCAGGCCCAAUUCGACGAAAUCUUUUACGGAAAGAACAUAGAAAUGGAAAACUGUCAGAGUUCUGAGAGUAGAACCAGAGAGGACAAAAAAUGUUUGAAAUUCAUUGAACCGAGAGGAUUCAUCUUCAGUCCUGGCUAUCCUUUCUUUUAUCCUGGAAAUCUGAGAACCUGCUACAGGUUCGAUAAACUUCCAGGAUCUUGUGCAGUUAGAUUCCACUUUUUCGAUUUUAGAAUAGGACGUAGUGAGUCAUGUUUUCAGGAACGAUUGGAAGUGGGGGAAAGAGCUUAUUGUGGCUUCGAUUUGUGGAAUAAAAUAGUCACCCUAGAAUUCCGAAAUAAGGAUUCUGUGCAUCUGGAUUUCAUAACGACAACCCCAAAAUGUGUACAGGGUUUCAAAGCGUUCUACGAAUACUUGCCUUGUGAGGAAAUAUCAACUCCAGCUCCCUUGCCUCCUCCAAUGACUAGAAUCUUUCCUGUGCCUCCACCUGUCACCGAAAAACCGAAACAGCAAUGUGGGGGUGUGGUGAAAAAAGAAAUUUUCAGUUUAACAAACGAAGAGGGAAGUUCAGAAUGUGUUUUCAUCGUGGAAAAAUUCAGUGAGGAAGUUUGUCAGCUAAUCCUGAAUUUCGAAAGAUUUUCAUUGGACUGCUCCUCGGAGAUCUUCAAAGUUAACGGAAAACCGUAUUGUGGCAGCCAGAUUGGCACAGUUGAGGUUGAUGCUGAAGAAUUUCCGGUUGAAAUCACGUAUUCCAACGUUGGUUAUAAAAGGGGAGGCGUCUUCAAAAUCCUUGGUGUUCAAGAUACAAUGAGCUGUUCGAUACCGGAACCUCCAGCUCAGCUGAAUUGAUGAUAUGAUCUUGAUUUUUGGCUGAGAUGAUUUAGAUCUGUUGAAACGUGUACUAUCUUUUUAUGUAUUAUACCUACUCAAUCAAAAAUGAGUUGUUCAAAAUUAAAAUAGAGUCUUUAAUUUUUCUUACCCCAGUCAAAUCACUCUCUUUCACCUACAUGGUUAAAUUACCAAGGGUAAUGCAGAAAACAGAUUUGUUUAUGAAUACAAGAGCAUCUUUUCAUUCUACUACAUUCAAA